CCGACGAGCGCAGACCAACAUACGUACCAACCACCAUGAGCUAAAUAUGGAAAUCCGAGACCGGGUCCAAAACUCCGAGCCCUGAAACCGCGCAAAGCCACUGCUUUUCUCCGACGGUCCAAAACAAAUUCUCCUUUUAUAAAUUCCGCGAAAAUAUAUGUUACAUUUCCGCCUCCCACGCUGAUUAUAUUCCUGCCAUCUUCAAAUUUAAAUUAGAAAAACAAAAUUAUUAAUUCGAUGGCUGCUGCAUCGCCCUCCGUCCUCCUCCUCCUCCUCUUCCUCCCUCUCGUCCUCUCUCUCGCAAUCGCCGUUGCCGCAUCACAGCCUAACCCUAACAAGAAGGUCAUCGAGGAGACGUGCAAGUGCACGACGGUGCACUCCGCGCUGUGCGUGGAGGCGCUGACGGCGGUGGACAUGGGGGGUGCGGCGGCGGACGCGCGGGGGCUGGCGGCGGUGGCGGUGCGGCUGGCGGAGAGGAACGCGACGGGGACGGCGGAGGAGGUGGCGCGGCUGCGGGACGAGGCGGAGGCGCGGGGGGCGGCGGGGGAGGGGGAGGAGGAGUGCCUCGGGGAGUGCGAGGAGCUGUACGAGGACACCGUGGAGCAGCUCGAGGGGGCGGCGGCGGCGCUCGAGGCUGGCAAGUUCGCCGACGCGGCGGCCGCGGCGGAGGCGGCGCUGGCCGGGGUCCGGGUGUGCCAGGACGGGUGCCGCGCCGUGCCGGACCACAAGAACGUCCUCACCAAGCGCAACGGCGACGUCAGCAGGCUCUGCAGCAUCGCCAUCUCCAUCAUCCGCCUCCUCCACUGAUUCAUAUAUCCCUCCUCCUCCUCCUCCUCCUCCUCCUCCUAUAUAUAUAUAUAUAUAUAUUCCUCUUAAUCCUUAAUAAAUGAUUCAAUUCAAUUCAUUUCAUCCAUGAUCCAUCUGUUCAUUGCUAGCUACAUUUUAAUCUCUUUUUUAAUUUUUACCAUUAUUAUAUGUUGGGUACUGCAAAUCCGACGAUAUUUCUUGUCACGUACUUCAUAGGCAUGCAUAUGGUUAACUAAUUGAACAAUUUAUAAUUUACACAUUA